AUGUUCAUAACUAUCGUUAUCAUCAUCACUCUUAUACGCGACAGGGAUUCCAAGCCAAACGUUCAGGAGCAAAUAAUUACUCCUUGGGAGGUUGAAGGCGCUACGAUCGAUGGUAAAACUCAAGCAAUUGAUUAUAAUAAACUAAUCGAGAAAUUUGGAACCCGUCAUGUCGACGAAGAACUCCUAAAAAGAUUUGAGAGUUUAACCGGAAGAAAAUGUCAUGUUUUUCUCAGAAGAGGCUUCUUUUUUUCACAUAGAGAGUUUACACGUAUUCUAGAUCGUUUCGAACAAAAGAAACCAUUCUACCUCUAUACAGGGCGUGGUCCAAAAAUAUAUGAUAAAAUUAAUUCAUUUAGAUGGCUGCAAGAAGUUUUUGAUAUUCCAAUUGUCAUUCAGCUGACUGAUGAUGAAAAAUUUCUUUUCAAGCCUGACCUAUCAUUAGAGAAGGCGCGUCAAUUUUCAUAUGACAACGCAAAAGAUAUCAUCGCGUGUGGUUUUAAAUUAGAAAAGACUUUGAUCUUUUCCAACCUUGAUUAUGUCGGUGCAUUACUGCUAGUCAAUCCAAGGCCACCUUUGGUUUCAAUGACAGGUGAACUUCAUUAUAGUAUGUACAUUAUUGAUCGUAUUUUAAGUACAAUAUUUGCCAACAUUCCAUUUCGUUUAAGUGAUUGCAUCGGAAAACUACAUUUUGUUGCUGUACAAGCCACACCAUCAUUUUCUAACAGUUUCCCACAAAUAUUUGGCACGCGUUCUGAUAUACCUUGUUUAAUCCCGUGUGCUAUUGAUCAGGAUCCGUAUUUCCGGUUGACACGUGACGUUGCACAUAAACUCAAGUAUCCAAAACCCUGUCUAAUUCAUGCUAAAUUUUUUCCCGCGCUUCAGGGUCCUCAAACAAAAAUGAGCGCAUCUGUAGAUAACUCUGCGAUAUUUAUGUCAGAUACACCUAAUCAAAUAAAAAAAAAGAUAAACAAAUUUGCCUUCUCGGGUGGCGGUGACACACUUGAACUCCAUAAAUUACACGGGGGAAACCCGGACGUUGAUGUCGCGUAUCAAUAUUUGGCUGUGUUUUUAGAUGAUGAUGUCGAACUGGCCGAUAUUUAUAAGAAAUAUAAGUCAGGGGAAAUGAUGACAGGAGAAUUAAAAGAGCGUUGUAUUAAAGUCUUACAAAAAUUUGUCGGAGAUUUUCAACAG